AUGAACGUGACUCGAUCUGUCUCUUCUAUUCGUCUACCUUCCAAACUAUGUCGUUCCUUUUUUACUUACAGUCGAGCGUUGCAAAGUGUAGCACCCUCAAGUGAAGAAAUUGUUGAACAAGAGGUAGUUGAAAAACGAGAUCCAUACGCAGAAAUCCCUGAAUCGUCAUACAAUCUUCAUCGGCGGGCGAUCAAGAAACCGAAUUUUGUCACUCACCGUGACGUGAGGUUUUCAUCUAAAAGUGAGGAUGACUUGGGCUUUUUAGACCUGACUAUGACCUUGCAGGAUUACUUUAAAGGCGAUCAACAUCAUAGUCAUAAAGUUUUCAGCAAUCAGCAUCAUUCAUAUCGCCAGGGCCAGAGAAUUGAACAAAGAACUUUUGUUGAUUUGAAACUUGUUCGUCUUCAAACGGGCAAGGGUGGAAAUGGAUGUGUGUCUUUCUUCCGAGAUGCAAAUAGACCCGUUGGUCCUCCAGACGGAGGCGAUGGUGGUAUGGGUGGAAAUGUUUACAUUCUGGUUGUGAAUAGCGUUGGCUCACUACAUCGGAUCAAAAAGAGUUAUGUCGCGGGGCCAGGAAAAGCGGGUCAUUCGAGUCAAUUGGACGGAAAGAGAGGUGAUGAUGUGGUUUUAGAGGUUCCAGUGGGAACCACUAUUCGCUGGAUCCCCAAGCCUUACGAAGUUCAUGAGCAAUUGCUGAAAACUAAUGGUGACCUAAACCAGGUUGUAAUGGAUCUUAAGCUCGCGCCAUCAACUAUGGAUAUUCAAUUUUUCAGAGGCGACUACAAGCCAGGAGAAGGAUGGAUGUUCAAGGAAAAAGACGAGGAAUACCAUCGUGAAAAGGAAUUCUUUAAUGAGUUAGAUGCGCAAGUGAGAGAUUACGAUCGUGAAAUUAUAGCUGAAGAGCUAAUGUUUGAUCGAUUCCCUUUAACUGGUCUUGAUUUCAGUAAGCCGACUGAAAAGCCCAUCCUAUUGAUUAGAGGUGGCAGAGGUGGAAUGGGAAAUAUGCAUUUUCUCACCCAAAAUAUCAGAAAUCCUCGAUUCAGUAAGCAAGGCAGAAACGGAUUGGACGAGUUCUUUCUUCUAGAGUUGAAACUUAUUGCUGACCUCGGUUUGGUAGGUCUUCCUAAUGCUGGCAAACUGACCCUUCUCCAAGCUAUUUCGAAAGCUAGACCCAGAAUCGGUCACUGGGAAUUCACUACGUUACAACCUACAAUUGGCACUAUAUUCACUCGGAUUGAUAAAGAUCCAUUCACCGUAGCGGACAUCCCUGGAAUUAUUAAGGGUGCAUCUCAAAACAAGGGACAAGGUAUGGAUUUCUUAAGACACAUCGAGCGCAGUGGAGGUCUCGCUUUUGUGAUUUCCCUUGAGUCCAAAGAUGCGGCUGCUGAUCUCAAACUACUCAUAGAAGAAGUUGGCGAAAAGAGGAUGAAGGACAAGAAAGUGAUGAUUAUCGCUACCAAGGCUGACCUCACUAAGAAUGGUGCUCAAUAUACGGAAUUGUGCGCCGCUGCAAAAGAAAUGGACAGCUCUUGGACCUGUGUUCCCGUUUGUGCACCAAAAGGAGAGAACAUCGAACAGUGUAUAUAUAUGAUGAGUGAGUUGGCUCGUCUGGGUAAAGUUCAAGGUUGA